AUGUUGGGUAGAACAGACCAUGAUGAUUUACCGGAAACCAUAGGGAGCAAGACCGAAGAUAUUGGAGAUAUAUUCUUGCAGCAUUUAGAGACUCUUGGCCCUCACAUUUUCCGCCUUGUCGUGCACUACAAGGAGGCUGUUCGCGAACGCCAACGCAUGCGCCUCUAUACCACAUACUGGGAAGCCGAGGAAAAUACCAGACGUGGCACCCUCCUUCAUCUUCUCUACCAGGACGCGCAAAAUGAGUUUGUUCGAUCGGAACAACAAUCGCAAACAUUACUGAACAUGGCUCUUGAGAAGCAUUCACCGGCUGCUAUUGCCUCAGAUACCAAAUUCCUCGCUGCAGUCUGCGACCGCAACAAGGCAUCUCUCCAUCGGACUGACACUCAACUUGAUGUUAUAAAGGAUCAUAUCAAUAGGUCCCAGCUGUUCAGGUCGUCUGUUGAUGGUGACUCAGUCCAGAAGUCGGAUGCUGCCGGAGACUGUGUGGCUAAAAUCAUGUAUAUUGUCAGAACCAUAUUACAUGUUUUGGCCUUUAUUUGGCAAUGUAGAUUGGUCAAUAUCGGAUUCUUCACUUCAAUCCGCUUCAUAAAUCGCUACUCAUUGCAGUUUGCCCAUAUCAUAACGCUGGUCAAUUGCCACCUCCGACGAAUGACGAUAUCUACCAUGAUCAUUUCCUCGACAACACCCACGACUUCCAUGCCGCCCUCAAUGAUCGGUAUUGCGGGCGCAUCUCUGCAACCUGGUGAUGGCCACAAUGGACUCGGAUAUCGUACUGAUGGUCUCGUGAUGCAGCAGCGACCACCCUCUGAGCUUGGCUUUGGCCGAGGAUACUCUCAACCAUCGCUGACGAAGAACGAGGACGCCCUUUUACCACCAGGAAACCAGGAAUACCCUCCUCGGGAGGUGAUAUUCAGCGCGCAGGAUACCGUGACUGCUAGCAGCAAUCAGCGAGGCGCCAAAAAACGUUCUACUACAACGUUUCGCCCGUACCAGUAUCCGCCGCCAAAAAAGUCUAGAACGGUAGAGAGGAGUGAGCGGUUCAGGUUCGCAGUCCCAGGUGUCGGAGUUGCUGCCAUCAAUGGCAGCUCCCCUCAACCUACCACUACAUCCGUGACCCAACCUACUCUCUUACCGACGGGGACGGAUAGGGAGCAGGUAGUUAAACUGCAGUUGGAAAUUUCUGCAACAGCAGAAUAUAAUCAAGAGGCGUUCGGGAAAAAAUGGGCCGCUUCGAAUUGGAAGACGUUAUACCUGUCGCUGUCGGAGCCCUGCAGGUUUAUCAUGCUUACGUGCAAGAAGCAUGCACGCGCAGGUGUACAGCGCGGGUUCAAUCUGCGUCCUCCACCACAGUCGACAACCUCCGAACCGGAUCACCAGGCAGCAGAGGUUGAGGACCUGCUCGAUAGUGCGACAUUCCCACCCAAGUAUGUUUUCGGCAAGGACGAGACUGGAGCCUUACACUUCCUUGAAAACCAUGUGGUGUGGGACGUUCUUCUGAAUACCGUGAGAGAGCUCAAGCUCUACGAGUACGUCACAAGCCUCAAGAGCCUUUUUUGCACGUCUGCCGCUGCUGUCAAGUGUGCUUUACGGGAACUUAGGACCGGGAAAUUGGUUGAGAUUCCAUUUUCUGGUAUAGAAUUUAAAUCACUACAUGACUCGCUCGAAGAUUACAUUGACAAAGAACCAGUAGACUACAUCAUUUGCGCAAUAUUCAGGAGCUUUGGUAAACGCUGGUCAAGCUUCAAGGUUGUCACGCAAGUCAUUUAUUCAGUCACCUCCCAGUCAUUUGGGACUCAUGUAGACGACACUCACUCCAGCCGACCUCCAUCAGUCAUGACAUAUGCGACACCAACACUCGCAUCCCUUCAACGACAAGGUUCCAGUUCUCGAUUAUCUGGUGCCAGCUCACCUGCCAGUUCACAGGCUAGUCAUCAUGGACUCGUUACGAGAUCCAGAAGAAAUGGAAGAAGAACGAAAGUAACGCAUAAACUAUUAGCACCGCGAUACCUGGGCCAAGUACCAGUCGCCCGUCAACCACUCUGUCGCGGCCCGUUCCUCCAUUUCAUUGCACGGAAGUUUGCGACAUCAGGAUCAGUCUCGGCAUGCCAGUCUCGAAUUGCCAGGGCCAAGGGCGAGCUCAUCACUUCUGAUGCUGAUUUUAAAGAACAAUACCAUUCUCGUGAAGAAGAUCGGGCACCAACGCGAACGCGAGUGGAACCGUCCAAAAGCACCAUCACGUUCUGUCAUCCCUGA